GGGGGUCGGGGUGCCGCGCUCUUAGUCCGGGAGAGGAGUCGGAGGCGGCUCAGUCGCCCAGCCAGCUUCAUGGGGUCCAGUCGCAGCCUCCCCGUCCUCCUCCUCCUCUUCUGGGGCGCCUUGGCCCUCUGGAGCCCCCUGCUCUCCGUGUCCGGCAUGUUCGAGGGAAGCUGCACCACCUUCCCCAACGCUUCGGAACGAUGCGGGGAGCCCAAACACCGUUUUUUCUACAACGUCACCUCCAAGAGCUGCGAGCCUUUCGUUUACCACGGGUGCCCCAGGAACCGCAACCGCUACCACACCCUGGAGGAAUGCAAGCGCUACUGCGGGAAGAUUGAAAAGCCGGGCUACUGCCCGCCGAGCCCCCGGGGCGCCCUGGUGCCAUGCCUGGCAGAGUGCUUCCACGACGGUAGCUGCAAGGAGACGAAGAAGUGCUGCUCCUACGGCUGUUCCUUGCGCUGCAUGGAGCCCGUCACAGACCUCUGCCAGCUGCCUGUGGAAGAAGGCCCUUGCGAUUUAAAACUACCACGCUGGUUUUACAACCCGAAGACUCAGCGAUGCCAGAAGUUCGACUUUGGGGGCUGUGCAGGGAAUGCCAACAACUUCAAAAAGCGUCGUUGGUGCCGGCUGAGGUGCCGCAAGAGAGGCUCUCCCUAAGGGCUCCGUGGAGGAAACCUCUGCCUGCUUCUUCGUGCUGAAGAAAGAGGGAUGCAUCAGGACGAGGCCAGGCGCAGGGAGCCUCCAGGCGCCUUUGGAAGGAAGGGAAUUCUGGAAUAAAUUAUUGCCCAGAGGAGACGGUGGUCCCGGACACUGUGCCAGUGCUCAGAAGGGCGCAAAGACUGCUCCACCUUCAAAGCAUGGAAUUUGCCACACCUGCCGGGCACCUUUAUGGUGCCCCCCCCCUGUGCCUCCGUAGAAAUUGGACAAUGAAUAAAUAAAGCCACUUGCCACGGACUGCAUGCC